ACCAAAUGCUAGAGACAGUCAGCGCUGACUUCGCGUGCAUACCCAUUUCUUCAUCUCUUGGGUAAAAUCUCGGGGGUUUGGGUUUUUUCUCUCCCCCCCUAUUUCUAAAUAUUCUCGUGUGCAGUGGUCUCCCUUUGUUUACGUUUGUUGAUCUUUGUUAGUCCAACUUGAUUUCAUUGUGGAAUCCAAUUGAUUGAGAUACUCCAACGGACGUGUCACGUGUCUUUAAAGUCACAUGACUAAAGGGCUAGCUACUCUGGUAAGACUACAUGUGUUUGUUUACCUUUGACAACUUCUGAGAUUCGUAAAAAAAGAUCUGAGGACGGAUAUUUAUCUAAUUGAUAAAUUCACAGAUUCUGAAUAAACAAGGUUCAACCAAUUUGGAAAACCACUUGGGGGAUCCCACCCUGAGGGCACCCGAGUUAAACUCCAUCGACACACUCUGCGAACUCCCACCUUCAACGCACCCAUCAAGCCAACGGAUGGAAUAAAUACAAACUCUCUAACCAAAUUUUUUUUCUGUGUGUGUCUUUCUGGCAAGUUGAAUCAAGACUAACCUCAAAGCCAAAACUCAUUUCACGUGUUGACACGUCGGCAUAAACAUCUAACUGGCCAGAUCCUCGCUGGCAACAUUCUUUCUAAUAUCUUGACCGGAGAUUUAAUGGUACGAGGACGAUAGGGGAAAAAAAACACAGAAAAAAACCUAGACUGUCAACCUGAAAUAAAAAAUAGCUGAUAUAUGUUCGAUGUUAUUGACAACUUGGGUAUAAAUCUCGGAACAAUUUCUGGGGUUAAAAGUAAUUAUAGUGACUUUAGCGGAGAGAUUGUUUUAACAGUAUCAAUUAUAGAGUCUAUUGUAUUGUGGAUACAUUGAAAUGUUUAGACUUAUUCAAUACAUAGUCUCGAAUCUUUGAAGAAAAAUAAGUUCUACUAAUUUAAUUAAUUUUAUUCAAAUUAAAAUUUAAAAAAAAGAGCCCCAGUUAAUUACUUCGUACCGAUAUCAAAGUUCGAUUUUAAUUAGCUAUUGAUUAACUUGCCCUUUACAAAAAAAAAAUAAGUUGAUUAAUUAGCUUAUUGAUUGAUCUAGAAAAAAAAAACAACACGCUGGCCUAUAAAGUUGCGUUGAGGCCGUGAAAUCAAUAAAUUACUCACAUACUUGCAUAAGCUUGACCAUCUGUUACUCGUCUGAGACAAUGCGCACCUUUCCUCGUCAGCAAAACAAUAGGUCACAGCUUCAAAACUGUUACUCACUGUACCACUGAAGGUGUAUAAGACUUGUGCGUGUGUGUCCGAUCAUGCGUGACCUGUGAGUCAAUUCUUCUGUAUGGAUCAUAAGUCGCCGAUGUUCUAGCCUCUCAGUUUGGUUAACUUUUUUUUUUGUUUACGGCGGUGCCCUAAACUGCCCUAAACUGCUGCCCAGAUACGUUCACAGGAUUACCGAGAGAAGGUGGCUUUCUUAAAAUCCAGCCAGAUUCCAGCCCUCAAGGCCAGCAUGCCCUCCAAGAAGGCGUAUGACCUGGUGUCUGAUGACGGAUAUGAUAGUAGGAUACCUCUCCACAACGAGGAAGCGUUCCAGCAUGGGCUCCAGUUUCAAGCCAAGUAUAUCGGUACCCUUGAUGUCCCACGACCUAGCAGUCGAGUGGAGAUAGUGGCCGCCAUGCGACGUAUUAGAUACGAAUUUAAGGCCAAGGCUAUCAAAAAGAAAAAAGUCAUUCUGACCGUGUCAGUUGAUGGAGUCAAGGUGACACUUCGUAAGAAGAAGAAGCCGCAAUGGUCGAUUGAAGAAAAUAGACUUCUAGUCAUGCAUCAUCCAAUCUAUCGUAUAUUUUACGUGUCUCAUGACUCGCAGGACCUUAAGAUCUGGAGCUACAUAGCCAGGGACGGACCAAGCAAUGUGUUUAAGUGUAAUGUCUUCAAGGCUUACAAAAAGAGUCAAGCUAUGCGUAUUGUAAGAACCAUUGGUCAAGCUUUUGAAGUGUGCCACAAACUAGGUGGGCAGACUCGGCCAAACUCUGAGGUCAAAGAGGACACUAGUGACCGCUCCUCAGAGGACAAUGAGAGGAAAGUCUCUAAAAAUUCUAGCGGGCAGGAGAAAAAAGAAAUAAACACUGUUGCCAAAAACACAGAGACCAAUAAAGAGAACCACAAGCCGAACCCGCCCAACGAGCUCAGUUUGAAAAACAGCCAACACAAUCUCCCAGCGUUGCCCAUGAAAUUGUCUACGCCCCUGAGUUCCCCAGUGAUGUUGGGUAGCAGCAACGGAGAUUGUAGCACGACUAGCAGUAGCAGCGAGAACUGCAUGCUACCUCUCAGCCAGCACCACCAGCUACAGCUUAUUAGACAGCAGCUGGAGCAGCAACAGCACCAGACGCAGGUUGCCAUUGCUCAAGUGCAUUUACUGAAGGACCAACUGUCUGCUGAAACAGCUGCAAGAAUUGAGGCUCAGGCAAGAGCUCACCAACUUCUCCUCCACAACAAAGAUCUUCUGGAUCAUGUCUCGCUUCUAGUCACACGUCUGCAGCAGCUGGAAGUCAAGGUCAAUGGAGUCAACCCACACAGCGUGGAGCCUUUCCACGCCCCUGCGCAGAUUCCACCCCUGCCAGAUGCAACCACGCCCAGGCCAGCCCCUGUCUACUUGCCAGACCUCAGGCCGUCGAAUCAUUUCAUUGAUGGGGAGAUUAUGGGCGGAGCUAGCACCUUCACCAACACCAAGGCGGCGGGACUGGAUGCCGACUCCCCAGACAGCGGGCACAAAGAAAUGUCAUCAGAGAGCUUGUCUUACAGUCUGAGUAAUGGCGACGUGAAUGGUUGGCUAAACCCGUAUGGGCCCGCCUCCUUGACGUCAUCGCACGAUUCAAGUCGUCAUGACGAGAACGGCUGGGCCACGCCUACUCCCUUGUCGUCAUCUUCUCCUCCUUCCUCAUCCCCUAGCAAAAGCAGCACUUUGAAGGCGGGAAGCACCAACAGCGUCGAUCGUUCUGGGAGCACAGGCCCCGCCCCUUAUAUCCCACACUCCGCCUCCUUCACUCCGGACUCGUACUUGUGCAGAUCGCCCAACCUCUACAAGACGUCCGUCGGUGGCUCGCCCCACAAGAAGGAGGCGUCCGAAAAGGUCAAACUUAUCUCUCCUCUAGCGUCCCCACAUGGCUCCGCCCACGGACACAGCAUGGACUACAAAGUCAACACUGCACACCAAAUAUCAUCCUCUUCUUCAUCGCUCGCGCACUCGCUGGCACACAUGCCCCCGUCUGGAAUGGCACCAAAACUAGACCCGCCUCCAAAGUUCAGGAGAACCUCGCGGCCGAUGGAGAGGUGGGAGCGAGGUAGUUGGUACAUGGUCGACCCUCCCGGGGCUUUCGCCGCUGACAACGACUACUACCCCUCCUACCCUAGUACCGCCAACAACGCCAACGGUGUUCUGAUGAGGUCUCACAGCCGCACUAGCAGUAGUAGUGCCAGCAGUCUCGCCACAUCCGGGGCAUUUCGCUACAGCGAUUCCAGUGCCCGCUCUUCGAUCUACAGCGACAACCGCGAGAGCGCAUCCUCCAUCAGCUCCCUUCGCCAGAAGCUGGAACUGCGCGUCAAUGACCUGAACAACAGCCAGCACAGCGGGAAAUGGAAGACAAGACUUAGUUACACUUCAGACGACAACAGCGACAACUCCGGAGACUUUACAACGGCCAAUUCUCACAAUCAGUGUCGUGAUCCAGAAAGACUGGAGUCUUUAAGAAGCUGAAUGCAUUAAGGUUUUCACCUUUUAUGAAUCAUUAUUAUUUCAUUGAAAUUGUAAAACAUAAUCGCUUAUGUGUGUCCAUGACAUUAUAAAUACAUUCACCUUUCGUGUA